AUGACCCCAUAUAGACGGCCAGAAGUCACAUGCACUUGGGCUUUCAGUCCCGCGACGCGUGCCUCCGGAACCUCCGGAACCUCCGCGUCGCUCGCGACAUGUGACUGCCGACUCGAUCGCCCUUGUUUUCCCAACCUGGCCACCCACCAUGCAUUUGGGUCGCCGUGGCGUCCAUCGCGCGACACCAUCUCUCUCCACCCGGCGCCAUGUCCGGCUGCUCGGGCGAGCGGCGCGAGCCGGAGACCGCGUGCCGCGAGGGUGGGGAGUUGCAGGUACGGUGCCCAGACGUGGUCCUGGACUUUGUCCCUUGGAGACGUGCUCGGGUUGAGGAAACCAACGCGGCAGCGCAGCUGAGCGACUUGGAGCGCCAGAAAGCUCGCAGGAAAGAACGACUUGUUGCGCUUCCCAUGGGUACGCGGCCGUCGAAUCCACAGCAAAAUGCACACUUGGGGGCACCGUUCGCCUACGACCCGGCGCUGGAUGCUGAUGAGGCGACGAACCGCGCCGACACGAAAGCGAAGAUCCAUGCGGACCUCACGAAACGUGGCUAUUUUGUGGUGUCUGCGUUGCGGCAUGGCUUCGACUUCGUGGUCUAUGAAGGAGACCCUGUGCGCCACCACGGGAGCUAUUUCGUGGCCAUCACGGACGAAGCCAUUUCUGCCCGGCAGUUGGUGCUUUGGCACCGUUUGGCUGCCUCGGCUCACAAGUCCGUGCUUCUGGGCCACCUGAAGUCUGACGACACCGUGGGCUAUUGGACCAUCUCCGGCGAGGAGAGAUGAGCGCGGCGCAACACAUCGGAGCGCCUGAUGUCCACUUCCCAUGAGGACAUCAGGGAGUCAAAAAAAACUCACUGAGAUCAUCCACAGUGAUGUGAUGUGGCAUGGCUGGUUGGAUGAUCAUGAAAUACGAUG